UACUACUACUACUUAAACCAAUGGCUUAGCUGUUCAAGGGUGGAUGAGUUGGAGACCCUCCAGUGUUUUUUUACAUAUGGAAGCUGAAGUGCCUACCAUGAUGCGAUCCCACGUCCAACACCCUUAAAUUUGGAUUACAAUGGGCCCACAGAUAACAAAUAACUCAAAUUUAUUGCCUUGAAAUUCAGGACUCACAACUCAAAUUUAUUGCCUUGAAAUUCAGGACUCACAAACAAAGAGAAAUAAGGUUAAAUGGGUAACUGUAGACAAUUUCUUGAGGAAAGGGGUAUUUUUGGGAGCUCACAACAGGAUGGGGAAGAAAUGAAAUAAAUUAAAGUUCAGGGUAUUUGUGGAAUUUGGGUAAAUUUUAUGUAUAUUGAAGGGAAGGUUGUUUUCUACCUUUGAUAACAGACCAGCUGCAGCGGAGAGGUUCUGUGUCAAAGGAGAGGUCUUCCUUGCGAGAGGCCCAAUUGAUUUGGGGCUUGGACAUGUGAAUGGCAACAAAGGAUGCUCUAAAACUCAUGUAUUAGCAAGUCCACACUUCCAUCUUACUAACAGAAUAGAACUCAUGUUCUUGUAGAUUCAGACCUGCAACUGGUCAGGGUUCUUACAAUAGAGGAAACCUUACGGGUGGAUGGGUCACCUAAGGAAAGGCUUCCUUUGACUUAAAUCUCAGACCAAAAGGAAUGUGAGCAGGGAGAUUGAACCCACGAUCAGAGAGACUGUUAGAUCUCUGUGGAAUAGGGUAUCACAUGAAUCUGGAAAUAACACAGGUACGGGAAACAGAAGAAAGAAGAAGAAUAAGAUGCCCCUAUAGGACCAAGUAACUGUGCCCAUACCAAGAUUAAAUUUUAGUGGUGCUUAUUAUGAGAACAGUAACUUCUGGGCUUCCAACACUUGAGUGUAGGAAUUGUACAAGGGCUGAGUGCAAUAGUAACUGGUCGUCCUUUUUGAGUGCUCGGUGGAUCAACUUUUUGUAUACCUUGUGAGCUUUUCUUUAACAGGUACCUGCCCAUCCUUUGAAUAGAUGUUUCCCUUGACUUCUCACAAUGGUAAAAAACUAUAAUAAUGAUUAAAAAUAAAUAACCUUGGGUUCAAUAAAUUAAUUCUUUAUGCCAUUACAUGCUAUCUAGAGCAUUUUCUUGGUAAAUUUAUAAGCCUCGUGUCUUUUACCUUGAGUUCUACUUGGCUUUCCUCGUGUACUUAAAGACUUCCAUUCAACGUUGGAAAGAUGUAGGUUACUUGCACAUUUCUUUUCAUUAAUCAUCUGACCUGAUAGAUCUCUAUAAUCCUAUCAUGUCUUAGUUGUCCAAAAUACACAUAAUCUUUAGUUACUACUUUAAUUUUUCUUUCAGUCUAGUUACCUUUGAAACUGGAAUGAAAGCAGUGGUACAACUAGCAGAGCAGCCUGCUGUAAAAGUCUAGUGCACUACUCUGGCUUGCUUCUAAAAGUAGAGCUCACUGCUUCUCGCCAUAGCUGGUUGUUCUUGAAAUGUUGAUAAUUUCAUCUAGCUUAAAUCUUGAUAAGUGAUAAUUACUGUUUGCUGGGGAAAAUCCUACCUUUUCAUAAGGCAUCCAGGAUAUGACCUUAUAUUUUUAGGGCUUAAUUUUGCGCUUUUAGGCGAAGAUGACUCGACUCUUCAAACUAUCCUUUCUGUAUCAUCCUUCUUAGGAUGAGAAAGACCAAAACCCAAUGAGUCCAGAUUGUCUAUGCAAGAUUUAAAUUACACUGAAACCUGUGAUUUCUCUUGCAAUGUUCACAAUCAAGUAAGUUACUGCAUUUCAAUAAGAUGGGGAUUUGAUGAUUCAUUUACUUAGCAAAGCUCCUUUUGAUUUCUUUGUUCUUUCAUCUGAAGCUUUGGGGAGUUCUUCUGUGGCAUCAAGUCCUCCAGUUGUCGGUGAGGGGAAACGGUUCUCAGAUGUAACGAGACUUGGUUUUGCUGCCGGAUAUGAUUCCCCUUCCUUGAAAGUGGAGGAAUGUACUGAUAGUUUGAGUAACACAUCAGUGAUGGGAAAUGCUUCUGGACUAACUGGUCCAAGGGGCACAGCUACACAGACAUUUGCCAAUAUAAUAUCUGCAGCCAAAUCUGCUGAUAGCGUGGAAGUACCAAAAAUGAAUGGAUUUGGAAAGAAGGGGAAAAAACCAAGUCGGGUCCUCCUCUCAACAGCAGGUGGUCGACGAUACUGAAGAAUGGUUGCAUCAUGGCUUUCAUUGUUCCCUUCAUGAGGCUUUUCUGUAUCUUUUCAUCUCCUACUUGAAGGCGUAACUUUGAGUAUAGCCGUGUUUAUGAAGAGCACAUAAAGAGCAAUUUGAACUGUGUGGCUUUGUAGAUACCUGAAAAUAAAGAAGUAACUGAAUAUUUGAUUUGAGCGUGACAUUUUUAGUGGUUCUUUCCCUUGGGCUGAGGAAUCAAAAUUUGGUUUUUUUUUUUUUUUGGUUGUAGUUUUUAAUCAUGAUGGAUCUUUCAGUUGUUGAAUUCAAUGGGGGGAAAGAAUUGUGUUUCAGAAGGCAUUGAGAUGCUGUUCAGACAGCAAAGGAGCUAUCGCAUUUCUGAACCUUGACUAUUCUUUGCAAUGUUCUUGAACCUCA